CCGCUGGAGUAGUCUACAAUCAGAUAUGGUCAGAUUUUAGGUGCUAUCCAUGGUGUAACCCUGGUGGAUUAAAGUUAAAUGGUUUAGGGCCGUCUUGCAGUCCUGAAUGCUUUCAGUACAGAGGAACAAUGGAUGUGUUCUAUAAGAUAACUAGACAGGAAGGAAUCUUUAGACUAUGGAGAGGUACUGGUGCGAGCUUAGCGUUAGCUGUACCAACGGUUGGGAUAUAUCUGCCUUCUUACGAUCUAUUGCGCAAUUGGAUUGAGGAAUAUUCUGAUCGCAGUAAUCCCAAACUUAGGCCAUAUGCCCCUCUCAUUGCUGGCUCUGUUGCACGAUCAUUGGCAUGUAUAACAUGUUCCCCUAUUGAGUUAGCAAGAACACGUAUGCAGGCCUUCAAAGAGUCAAGUGGUGGAGCGAAACCCCCUGGAAUGUGGAAGACUUUGCUAGGCGUGCUUUCAUCGAGGCAAAGCAGCAGCCACCCUGAAAGAUCUCGAGGAUACCACCUUCUAUGGACUGGUAUGGGAGCACAACUUGCACGUGAUGUACCCUUUUCAGCUAUAUGUUGGGCGGUUCUUGAACCAACUAGAAGACACUUAUUAGGACUAUUAGUUGGUGAGCAAAGCAAUGCAGCAGUUAUACUGGGGGCAAAUUUCUCCGCAGGCUUCAUUGCUGGAGUGAUCUCUUCUGGGGCGACCUGUCCUCUGGAUGUUGCCAAGACGCGCAGACAAAUAGAGAAGGAUCCUGCUAGAGUAUUAAACAUGAACACACGGCGAAUACUGCUUGAGGUUUGGAGGAAUGAAGGCAUGAAGGGCCUAUUCAGAGGCGCAGGCCCUCGUAUGGCACGAGCAGGACCUUCAGUGGGUAUUGUCGUGUCUUCAUAUGAAGUUGCCAAGUACAUCAUCCACAGGAAACAAGCAGAACUAUGAGCUUAGAUCAAUUGUAUGCAGAUCUCAACUACAGCCAAGGCUUCUGAUUGAACGUGGUUUCACUCUCGUGAAAGCUGGUUUACAUUCCACGUGACCAUGCCUACCUUAUCAGAAGGGAGGAUCACGUCUGUUCUAAUAAAGAGCAGAAUUACCAAAAAUGUUAUCAUUUUCGUUAUAAGAAGUUUUGAGCCCAUGCUGUCCCUCUGCGAGAUAACAGUCAGUGUUUGAGAUGUAAAAACACAACAGGCAGUGCGUUCAGGAUUAGAGUGAUAUCUAAGAAUUUUGUACCAA